AUGGACCGAAGAUGUUUCGCCAUUCUGUGUCACCUACUGAGGACCAUUGCUGGACUAACGUCGACGGAAGUCGUCGAUGUUGAGGAGAUGGUAGCAAUGUUCCUCCACAUUCUUGCGCACGAUGUGAAAAAUCGUGUCAUUCAACGAGAGUUCAUGCGGUCGGGCGAGACAAUUUCCCGCCAUUUCAACAUGGUCUUGUUGGCUGUCAUUCGACUUCAUGAUGAGCUGUUGAAAAAACCACAACCGGUGCCUAAUGAAUGCACAGAUCAAAGAUGGAGGUGGUUUGAGAAUUGCCUAGGUGCAUUAGAUGGCACGUACAUAAAAGUCAACGUUCCAGCAAGAUCAGCUGCGGACUCACGCAUCCUCCGUGAUGCCCUUUCAAGACCUAAUAGGCUUAAGGUGCCCAAGGGCUAUUACUACUUGGUUGAUGCCGGGUACCCAAAUGCGGAGGGUUUCCUGGCACCAUACAGAGGGCAACGCUAUCACUUACAAGAAUGGCGUGGCCCUGAAAAUGCACCUUCAACAGGAAGAGGCAGGCCUCGUGGAGUGCCUCGUGGAGUUGGUAAAUGCUGGUGGGUGGAGGUCCGACAAUGGGACCUUUCGUCCCGGGUACUUAAAUCAACUGGCGAGAAUGAUGGCGUUCAAGAUCCCAGGUUCUAA